AUGCCAAGAGCAAACAAGCCAACCGGAUCUCUGGGCAGAGCCGUGAUUCGUUCCAGAUUUAAAGGACAAAAAGCAAUAGCAGUUGAUGAAGGAAAACUGCAUACUACAGAGACCAACGAAGGCCCUGGCUGGGUGAAGCUCCAAAGUGUUACUCAAGAAGGAGAUUUAGAUGCUUUUCUGCACACUGCAGAGCUUGCCGGAACCGAAUUUACGGCUGAACGACUUAACAUCAAGGUGGUGCAAGACUCCUAUCAAAAUCCAUACCUGUUAUCUGAAAAGGAAGAAGAAGAAACGCUUAAAAAGCAUGCCGAAAACAAGAACCGUUUGACAGUUCCACGACGACCAGCUUGGGAUAGCGCCACCACUCCAGAGCAGUUGAAGAGAAGGGAACAGGAGAGUUUUUUGAGCUGGAGAAGAGGCUUAGCAGUAUUGCAAGAAGAAGAAGGCUUGUUAUUAACACCGUUUGAGCGAAACUUGGAAGUUUGGAGACAAUUGUGGCGAGUGAUCGAGCGCUCACAGUUAAUCGUACAAAUUGUGGAUGCUCGAAAUCCGCUUUUGUUUCGAUCCGAAGAUUUAGAUACAUAUGUCAAGGAAGUCGACCCAAAGAAACGAAAUCUAUUGUUGAUCAACAAGGCAGAUUUUCUGACAAAAAGCCAGAGACGACAGUGGGCAGAUUAUUUCGAUAAACACAAUAUCCGCUAUACCUUUUUUUCUGCUGCUCUGGCUGCCAAGCAACAAGAAGAAGAGAGACUCAGAUUAGAGAAAGAAGAAGCUCGUCAGUUGGAGCAAAAUGCAACCACGAACAGCGACGACGAGGAUGAGGAUAGCGAGGAAGAUGAGGAAAAGCCUAAUGAAACCUCAUCUCUCGCAAAUGAGGUUGAAGCCAUUAAUUUAGAAGAUGAAGUGGCAGCUGAUGAUAAGGAUAUUACAUCAGAUGGACAAACAGAUGAUCAUCACAGCAUUGACGCCGAGGAAGUUGACAACGAUGAGGAUGAUCGUACGAGAAUCAGAACUACGACCAAUCUUUUGGAUUUGUUAAUCGAAGAAGCACCGUCCUUCGAAGAUGAAGAUCCAAGUACCAAUCCAAACGCUGGCAAGCUGAUGAUUGGUCUCGUUGGAUAUCCUAAUGUUGGUAAAUCUAGUACCAUCAAUGCACUGAUUGGGGAGAAGCGAGUUUCUGUCUCUUCAACGCCUGGAAAAACCAAGCAUUUCCAAACCAUACACUUGACGCCUUCAAUUGUUUUGUGCGAUUGUCCUGGUCUAGUAUUCCCAACCUUUUCUACCACCAAGGCCGACCAAGUUUGCAAUGGUGUCCUUCCCAUCGAUCAAUUGCGUGAAUUUACCGCUCCUUCUGAACUUGUCACCAAACGCGUUCCGAAAGAAGUCAUUGAAGCAAUCUAUGGUAUCCGUAUUCGCAUGCGCAGCGAGGAUGAAGGAGGUUCUGGUGUUCCAACUGGCGAAGAGUUGCUGAGAGCCUAUGCUAUUGCAAGAGGCUUUACCAAGUCUAGCCAGGGAAAUCCUGAUGAAUCCAGGGCAGCAAGAUACAUUCUGAAAGAUUAUGUCAAUGGAAAAUUAUUGUACUGUCAUCCUCCUCCAAGCACAGAUGAAAAAGAAUUUAACAAGGAGACACAUGAACUACAAAAGUAUCUUGACCUGCAGAAAAAACUAGCUCCAACCACUCGAGUACCAUCGAAUGCACUCAACUAUAUUCCACCUGCCGAGACGUCCAAUGUUGCUCGAGGACCAAAGACCCAAGCAAUCGAUUCCUCAUUUUUCCAAGCACAAACUUUAAAAGCAAAUGUUUCAGGGAGACAGCAAGGAGACUUCACCCGAGUUCAACUCUUCCCUCACCAAAACAGGUUGGCAGACGAUGGUUCACAGUUGGCUCCUGGUGGUCGUAGACAAAGGUUAGCUAUGGUGAAUGGCCUCAAUGGUGGUGAUCCUGAAGUAACGGGAAAGAAACAUAAGAAGGGAAAGAAGCAUGUCAAAAUUAGAAGCGGUGCUGGAUACGAUCAUAUGUAA